AUUCCAAAAUCUUGUCGCACGGGAACAACUCAACAGAGCAUGCAUCAUGUCCUCCUCCUCACCGAGACAGACUUUGCACUUGAUAUCAAUCGAGACAUGAACCGCAAGGGAGGGAGUGUGAGGAAGGUUCACGAUUGUGGCCUGUAUUCCCAGACUUUCAGGGCCCCCGUUCCAGCGCUCACGGGGGCCAAGCAGGCGGCACGCACACAGGGUGUGUGAUGAAAUGCCUCACCGAGCGAGCGGUUUUGUGGGGGUUGCGUUCAACCUGUGCCGCUUCAGUCGGCGUCAGGGUAGCAACAAGAGGUAAUACGGGUACCUUCGCUUUAGUUAUGAAUCGAAAGAUGCGCACCUUCUUUUGAUUUUGACUCUCUGCCGUAAGAGUUCAUGUCAGCAUGCACCAAUAAUUUACCAAAUACUGUACUGCCGUAUGUUCUAGUCAGUCCUGUCUACGCCCGCCCAAUAGAGCUGUUCAACUGAGAACGACUCUAGAUGCCAGUACUAGCCAAACAUGCCUGAUGUCGACUGUGUACCGGAAUGUGGGGGCUCAACAUUUUCCACACCGAACUGGCAUGGCUAUCCAUCAAUUCAACCACACCGCCAACAAUCUUUGACCUGGUCAACUCCUCUAUGACAUAGCACACCAUUGACUUGCAACCAAAGGUGUUCCUCGGUUCCUAUCUGUUCAGUCAGGACAGACGGAGCACAUCCAUUAGUCACCAAGAAAUACUUCAUCAAAUUCAGCCAGGACGGACGGAGCACAUCCAUUUCUCACCAAGAAAUACCUCAUCAAUGGCGAGAGCAAGCAAGUGGAGGUCUGUGCCCCCGUCUUCCUUUGUUUUACUACUCCCCUUCCUCAUCAACCUUGUGUGCCCCGGCUGGAAAUUCACGGAUGCAGGAGACACGCUCCUUCCUGGGCAAUCUCUAAAUGCUACCCAGAUCCUGCUCUCAAACAAUGGUGUCUUCAAGUUGGGUUUCAACUUGCAAUAUGAUCCUUCCCCGUAUUGUCGUUUUGGCACCUGGUUCACUAACUCAUCGUCCCAUGAUGAUGAUUCACUGGUUUGGCAACCUGAUCUGGAAGCGACUUUUGAUUGCGAUUCAUCAUCAGCUACCCUAUCAGAGAACGGCACGCUACAUAUAACCGACAGCUAUACCUCUGUCUUUUUGACCACUUCUAUCUCUGCCAUUGCAGUGCUUCUUGAUAACGGAAACCUUGCUUAAGAGACCAAGCAAACAGUUCGCAGGUGCUUUGGCAGAGUUUUGAUUACCCAACUGGUACACUGCUCCCUGGAAUGCGCCUAGGGUCCAAUUCAAUCAUCGGCAAGAGCGUGAUCCUUUUGGCUUAUCUUAGUAAUUAUAGUGAGUAUGACGUUCAUAUCACAAGUUUUACUCUGAAAGUGGAUGCAACAAGAAGGCGAGGUUUUAUUAUUCGGCAGAAUGCUUAUGGUUUAGUGUUUUCUGGUACCUUUCCUAGCUGGGUAGUUCGUGAAGAUAGAGACUUUGUUCUGACACUAAAAGACGCACAUGCAUACAUGCGUUUAAAUGGCUCUGGAUUUGUUGAAUAUGCUAAGCAAGAGGCGCGCAGUUCUGUUUUGUGGUCUGCUCCAGAAAGUAUAUGCGACUUUGAGUCCUACUGUGGACCAUAUGGUCUCUGCACAAGGUCAGGCAUCUGCAUAUGCCCUGCUGGUUUUGUUCCAUUGAACACACUAUCAGAGAAUUCCCUUAGCUGUUCGAGGGAGAUUCCUAUGAACUCAUCGGGAAGUGGCAUUUUAUCCAAUAGAGGGCGUCUGCAAGUUCCCCAAGAAUUCUUGGCCCUCUGAUGCCAGAAAUCCGAAAGAGUGUGAAGCCUCCUGCUUAAAGGACUGUACCUGUACUGCCUUUGCUUACAAUAUGACAUGCCUGUUAUGGUUUUGGGAGUUACGGAACACGGUAGUGCUUGACUCUGGUUCAAAUGGCAAUCGUUUGUACAUACGUGUUGCCACCAAACAACAAGAUGAAAAUUUGGGUUCCAGAGCUGCUCCUCUGUUUCUAACGGCAAUGGCCGCGUUAACCAUCAUUGUUAUUGUCAUUGGUCUGACUGUUUUGUGGAGAUGCAGAACAAAGUUAUUCAGAGCAAGAACUGUGUAUGAAAAUGGAAGCCUUGUGGUUUUCUCAUUUGCACAAAUAAAGAACUCAACAAAAAAAUUCUCUGAAAAACUCGGAGAAGGUGGUUUUGGCUGUGUUUUCAAGGGGACAUUGCCAGGUUCUGCUGUAGUGGCCGUCAAAAGGCUAAAAUGCCUUGGACAAGGAGAGAAGCAGUUUCGAGCAGAGGUGCAGACCAUUGGGAUGAUUCAACACAACAAUCUUGUUCGUCUACUUGGAUUCUGUGCUGAUAGCAGUAGCAGGUUAUUGGUGUAUGAGUACAUGGAAAAAGGUUCUUUAAACUCACAUCUCUUCCGUAAGGAUUCUGCAAAACUGAGCUGGAAGCUGCGGUACCAUAUAGCACUUGGAACAGCAAGAGGCCUGGCUUAUCUGCACGAGGAGUGCAAGGAUUGCAUUAUACACUGCGACAUGAAGCCGGACAAUGUACUUCUUGAUGCACAGUUCUGUCCCAAGAUUGCCGACUUUGGUAUGGCGAAGCUUCUUGGUCGAGAUUUCAGUAGGGCCCUGACAACAAUGAGAGGGACCAUCGGAUACCUUGCACCGGAGUGGAUCUCAGGGCUGCCGAUCACACAUAAGGCUGACGUCUACAGCUAUGGAAUGAUGCUUUUUGAAAUCAUAUCAGGGCGAAGAAAUGCGGAGAAAAUUAAAGAAGGGAGCUUUACUUACUUUCCCAUCUUUGCUGCAGUCAAGGUGCAUGAAGGGGAUGUUACGUGCCUGUUGGAUAGCAGGUUGGAAGGCGAUGCGGAUUUGGAGCAGCUGAGCAGAGCUUGCAGAAUUGCGUGUUGGUGCAUUCAAGAUGCUGAAGAUCAUAGGCCAAUGAUGGGGCAAGUUGUUCAGAUGCUAGAAGGUGUUCUGGAUGUCGAAGUACCUCCCAUUCCAAGGUCACUGCAGAAUUUUGUGGGCAUGGAGGAUUGAUUGCACUCGCCCUACAGGCCUGUACUGUCUCUGAAAGACUAAAAAAAUCUAUUUCUGUUUGUCCAAAUCUAUGUCAAGAAUUAAGUUUUCAGAGUUAUGUGUAUUUUAUAUUCUCCAAACUACGCUUAUCCCCUAUCUGCCAAGGUUCUGAACUGCAAUUUGCUAUCAUUAUAGCCUUGUGAUAUUGUGCCUUCACUUGUUUCUCUGUUGGCAUGAUGGCUUGACCAUUCGACAAUCAGAACCGUAAAUCUUUAUGUAUUUAUAUUUUUUUUGAAUUUUUCUUUAUAUGAAUCUGAGUUCAAGAUAUGGGGUGAAUGAAUUCUACUAGAUGUACUUACUGCACCGCAUACUCCCGUCUUUCCACAAACUAAUGAAGUAAUCCUGCUGUUUGAAGCAGGGUCCUCAAUGGUUCACUGCAGUAGCACACAUGUUUGCAGAAUAUCAAUUAUGUCUUUUUCCACGCGCUAAAUUUACUUGUUAACAUGGUUGUAGGUUGUUGUGAAUAAUUGGGUAACCACAUGAAAGUAUGAAUGAUAUGAAUACAUUUCUGGCUGUCUGUAAUGCGCAGAAUUUAGAUUAGAUCCAUGGACACUUCAGAAUAGAACUCUAAAACAAGCAGCAAGUAAUUUUUUUAAAACUCCGUCAGCCUCUGCUUUCAGCUUGGUUGGAAUUUUUUAAGUUUUUUAGGGGGUUGAAAACACUUUUAUAUUCAACAAAUAAGGAGUCUGGGAUACGAAUAAUUCCAGGAGUCCCUAACAACCACACAUAACGACCAGGAUCUAAUGAUGCCGCUGCCUUUGCCAGAUCAUGUGCUUCAAAAUCCUCAUUUCAUUCUUUUCUUUGCCUUGAUGUCUUGAAUAAUGGUGCUGCUGACGCCCAGGAAUGGCUUCUCCAGGUGAUUAACCGUUGCCAGACAGUCCGUUGCGAUGAUUAUCUUUCUCAGAUAGAGAUGAGAAGCCAAAUUAAGACCCUCCAAGUAUGCCAUCGCCUCCAAAGGUUCUGGUUCGGUUAAGUUGCUCACCACUACAGCCGAAGCCCCCAGAUAUGUCCUCGUUCCGACACACCGCCGCAAUGGGUCCUUUCUCCUGGUUCCUUGAAACCGAAAGCAUCCACAUUCACCUCAGCGAAGCCCGAAGAUGGUGGAAUCUAAGGGAGCGUUCGGAAUCCCUCCACUCCAGAGUCAGCCCGCGGAGCCGGCGGAGCUGCAGGCUGAAAAAGUGGAGCUGGAAAAUACGCGCUCCACAGAUCCGCGGAGCUGGCGGAAGGCCGAACAGGCCCUAAAUUCGUGGAUCUAAUCUGACAGGUUGACGAGAGAGAAACUCCAUGCAAGAAAUCUGAUGAGACCUCAUACCUCCACUCUCCAU